GGAAAUGAGCACAUCCUGUUGUUUUAGCUGAGUCUUCCUGCGUAAAGGUUCCUACAUGUGAUCUGUGCUUCAGUCAGAGAGACACACACCAGCACACUCACUCACACACUUACUGCACCAGCUCUGGACUACAGCACCAUGGGUCCCCACAGAUCCACAGCCUGCGCAAGGCCAGCACUGAGACCCCUGCUCUGGGUCUUCGUUGUGAUGUAUAUUGGCGGACUAAAUGCUCUUGUUCCAAAUGAACAGAAGGACAGCUUGGUCAGGACAACACCCCUCGCUCUCCUGGGAGUCCAAACCACACCGUUAACCACAACAAGUGGCAGCUUUGAAAAGUCAUCAUUUCGUUGUGGGAAUGGAAGUUGUGAGAACUAUUGUUCCUUUUGCAGGGACUUCCAUCUGUCAAAGACUGACUGCUAUAAUAUUAUCAUCCCUCUGUGUAGCCUGCAGUUCCGAAGCGAUAUGAAUGCUAUGAACAGCUCUAGCUGGUGCAUGUGGGACAAAGUGAACAGUCCCUACAACAAGUUGACGAAAUGUACAGAGGAUGUAGCAGACUGCCUGCUGAUCCCCUGGCCCAACAAGCUGGUGGAGCAGAUCUUUGUGGACAUGCACACCAGCUUCUUCCAGGAGUGCCCUGAAGAGACACUGAGGGAUCCACCUCCCAACGUCGUCUUUGCCCUUGUGAUGACACCUAUAUGCCUCAUCCCAGCAAUGGUGGUCCUUGUGGUUCUGAAGACAAAAAAUGGGGACAGGAGAUCUUAAUGAGUGGGUCUUUCUGGAUUAGGAUCCUGGAUCCAUCAGUCACCCUGACUGAACCUCCUGCGCCAUGAAUGCUCUGAAGAAUCUGCAUCUCUUCUUUUCCCAAGAAAGACUGGUGCAUUCUUACUCUUUCCAUAGACUGGAAGGUCUUACUGUAUUCCAAAAAUGGAAUAAGGCUAGUCUGAAACAGGAUUAGGUAAUUAAUCUGCUGCUUUCUAGGUAUUACAGUCACAUCACAAUCACGUGAUAACAUCACAGAUCAAAAUAGACGCAUAAAAGGAAUGCAUAUUCGCCUCUAAAAUUAAAGAGUACUUUGGAGCAAUUAUCAACAAGAACUGCCUUAAAUUGUCUAAAGAGGUUUUGUUCAAGAGAUGUCCUAUAUGACACAUUAAAACAUGCAACAGAGAUUGGACUGAUGACGUUGUCAAAAACAGGCAGGGCCUGUUCUGAUGUGUAAGGCCUUCAGUGCAGUUCCUGAAGACCUUACCAAUGAUAGUGAUCACUUGAAUAAGUUCAUAAUCGGAUUAUUCAUAAUCAGCUAUAUCUGAUUAUUUAAGUAGUCAUGUAAACAGCAUACUCUGAUUUCCUACAGUUAAAAUAUUCUGAUAAAGAGAGCUGGAUUUUAGCUCAGAAAUCAUAUUUCUCACUUCUUGAUAUAUAUUCGUAACUAAAGAUUCUUAACUGGAGAUUUCCAGUAUCCAGUUGUGCAAGCAUAAAAACAGACUAUGGUACUAGAAAUAUGGAAAAUAUGCGCGAUGUCUAAAAAAAAAAAAAAAAAAAAACUUUAAACACAAGGAUUUAAAAAUGUUUAUCUUCUAGCCGAUGUAUGCAUGUUCAUAUUACAAUUCCAUGUGUAAAAAAUAGUCCUGGCAUGAGGUUCAGGUUUUACAUGUUGUUUACACUAUGUCUUUUCCUGUGAUAUUUUUGACUGGUUGCCAAGCAAAAAGUCUGUUAUUGUCUUAGAUGUGUAAACUUUAAUGUGUAAAAUUAGACUUAAGAUUUUUUUCUAUUAUCUGAUUACUUAAAGUUAAUGUGUUGUACAUUAAUCAGAUUACGAAGUGCAUUUAACCAGACUUGAUCCAAUAACAGCAGCAAAUCAGAUAAUAGGAAAUCUUCAGGUUCACAUUAAUCACAACAAUCAGAUUUCUUCUUUGCAACUAGCAAGUAAUCUCACAGAAGCAUGUGGCGUAAACUUUAAGCGUCUCCCUGUAGCCUAUUUUUAACACGAACCAUCACCAGCAUUAAUGCAGCAUCAUUGUUUUGCUGUAGAGAUAGAGAUAAGAUAUUUUUUAAAGGCACAUCUGUGCUAUGUUUUUUGGUUCUGCUUAAUAAAAAAGCUAAGACUGAUAAAAGCUAACUGUAACUGUUUAUAUGAGAAAUCUGAUUACUGACCUAAAAUCCAGCUCUCUUUAUCAGUUUUCUUAAUUAGAUUUCUAGGCUUUAAUCCAGACUAAGAAAUCAGAGUAUUUUCUUUCUACAUUGCAUUACUUGACUAAUCAGACAACUGCGGAAAUCUGGUUACGAUCUGGAUUAUGAUAAUUAUGAUUAUAAUUAAAAAUCCUGAUCAAGCAAUUUCAUAUAGGGCAUUUCUAUAAUGUGACUCUUAAUUUAAUUAUUUUUCGACCAAUAUUAAAUUGUUUACAUACAAUCACAAUAAAUAUAGGACAUCUUUUUUACAAAACAGAACAAACAAUUUAACAAACAUGCCUUUUUUUUAUUUGAUGACAUUGCUCCAAAACAAAACUUAAUUUUAAAAGAUUUUGUUCAUCAUCUCAAAUCCAUCCAUGGAUAUAUAUAUAUAUAUAUAUAUAUAUAUAUAUAUAUAUAGAUCAAAUUUAUUCCUAAAGUCCAGCCUCUUCCUUUUCUGCUUAGGCUUGAGCCAGCUUUAAGAAAGUGACAUAUGUUUGUAUUUAAAUUCUGUAAUCUUUUUCUUAUUCUUAAUUCUACAUAGUGCAAUGACUCAUGACAUUCAUUUUGAAGACUGAUCAUAUGUUUUGUCAGUGAUAUCAGGCCAACAUGUUGCACUUUGGCUUUGUCAAAUUCACUGUUUCACACAGCUCACCCUAUGUACUGUACUUUUUUUGUUUGUUUGUUUUUUUUUCGAAUCAGCAUUUUAAUAUAAAUUUGAAUGUCGGACAAGUGACAAAAGCUAUUCUGCUAGCUCAGAUAUGAUUAUAAAAAAUGUCUUAUUAUGUAUUUUUCUUGUGACCUGAGUCAUAGCCACUGACUCUUGCAAUCUCUUGAUCUGACGACUAAAAGAGAAUUCAUCCAUUGUAUUCACAUAUUUGCCCCAGUUGUCUGUUUCUUUAACAGUCGUCACGAAACAAGUUUCAGUUUAAACAUUUUGCAAAUGUUAUUCGCAACUAAUUUUAUGUGAAUAUUUAACUAUAAUAGGUGAAAUAAGUUGUGUUUCUAUCAACUACAUUUGUGUUCAGAAACUUAAGAUGAUGUAGACUACCAUGGUUAGGAGUGUCACUAAAACAAGCAAAAUAGAGAGUUUAACAGUAAUUUACAGUCUUUUUUAUGGCUGGUUUAUUGUUUGCAGUUUUGAGAUGCUGGCAGGAUGAACAGUGCCCAUGUAAUAAGGGCUGUGAUCUCUGUGCCACCUUGAUGACAUCUGCCACACAUCUGGGAGUGCAAACUCACCAGACAGUUCAAAAAGAGCAGUGAAGCUUUCAGCAUUUCAGAAUGUCCAAUGCAACCUAUGUAAAGGUGCUUUACCUGGCUGGUUUAUAGCAUCACAACAGCUCACAUGAGCCAUAGAGCAUAACAUACAGUACAUUAUAACUUAUGCAAUUGUAAUAAUAUUGUAAUAAGAACAUUGCAGUUAUUCUUGUCAUCAUUGCUGAGUCCUACCCCCAUUGCUGUUGUUAUCUUGGUAUGUUGUUUUUAGUGGAUGUGCUGUUGGCAAGCUGAAGAAAUUGUGGCUUGUUAGCUUUUAGCCUUGCUUCCUCUCACUUCCCCAGGUUUGACUUUCUCAAGUGUUACUAAAAAACAAGCAUAUUUCCCUUUUUUCGCAUUGUUAUGUACAGAAAUUGAUUGAAAGAUUUCUAUUACUAGCUGAGUCUGGAGGUGAUGGGCUGCUCUUCAAUAUCAACAACAGUAUAAAUAUAUUCUCCUGAAGUUUUCAUAGCCUUUUACUGUUUCUCCAGGUUUGACAAGAGCUUAUAUUAGUGAGCAAAGUUAUGCACAUGUUGACACUGUGUGAAAAGCACUUGUAAAGAUUUUUUUUAUAUUAAAUAUUAAAGACUAAAAUUAAAGUUUUUUAUAUGAUGAUUAAGAAAAUAACAUUAUGGCUGUGACAGUUGAGGCAAAUAUGGAACCAAACUGGGUAGAAUUUUCUCUUAGGGAACAACUAAUGAGCAUAAGUCUCUCUGUUUAUCUAUGGAUAUGUAAGAAAAAAAGUGUAUUAUGUGUAUUGACAAUACUUUAUAGUAUUUUUACUGACGAGCAGCUCAUUAAAUGUCCCUGUUCUAAGGUUCUGGGAGCAAAGAUGAAGAUUUUUGUUAAUGAUAGUGUAGUGAACAUGGACUGACAUUCUGAAGACAAUUUCUGGUUCAGGUUAAAGAGAUGGAAAAGGAAUACAAGCAGCAGUGAAGUAUAUAGAGGAUUUCAGCCAGGUGUGUCUAUGGACAGUUGUUUGCCUGAUCAGAUCACUCUAGCUUUUCUAACUUACAGGCAUUUCAUUGUUCCACUCUCCAAAUGUACCAAACAGGACCAAAAGAAAAGGACUCUUAAGUGAUGUAUCUAUGCCUCAUUGAUUUUAAUGUUUAAUGUAUAAUAGAAAUGUAACUCUAACUUGUAUUUCCUUUCUGUACUUUGCACUUUUGCUUUUCUCAUGACUAUGGAAGCGUGUGCUUUCAGUAAAACUGUGUUAAUCUGUGCUGUGAUAUGGCAGUGAGCUGUGCCAUGCACUACAGAGCUUAACAAUCUGUGAACCAUGUUUUUAUAUUUUUACUGUUAGCAUUUCAACUUACAAAUUAAAUGAAGUUUUUUUAAAAGAA